CACGGACAAAAGCUUCUUCUCUCUUCUUUGUCUGAUCUUGACAAAGUUUUACACCUACAUCAAGUUGAUGAAUCGGUCAUGUUUGAUUCUUCUUCUGCUUCUUCUUCAUUAGGACAAAAAAGAUGUUGCAGAGAGCAGCGAGCAAUGCGUAUUCGUGGUGGUGGGCCAGCCACAUACGUACAAAGCAAUCCAAAUGGCUCGAACACAAUCUUCAAGAUAUGGAAGAAAAGGUAGAAUAUACUCUUAAGAUCAUAGAUGAAGAUGGAGACACUUUUGCCAAAAGAGCUGAGAUGUAUUACCGUAAAAGGCCAGAGAUUGUUAAUUUCGUGGAGGAAGCUUUUAGAUCGUACCGAGCAUUAGCUGAACGUUAUGAUCAUUUAUCUAGAGAGCUUCAAAGCGCAAACCGCACAAUCGCCACAGCUUUCCCUGAACAUGUUCAGUUUCCCAUGGAAGAUGAUAGCGAUGAUAACGAAGAUUACGAAGGGAAUCUGCGGAGACCGCCUAAGCAUCUUCAUCUUAUUCCCAAAGGAAGCAACAUACCUGAAGUCCCGGAUAUUCCAAUGAAGAAAGAUUUCAGGAGUCAGUCUAUGAUGUUAUCUAGAAAAGGACCAGCUGGUCUGAGGACAGUAUCUUCUGCACUUGCUAAGCGGGAAGCGGCGAUUGUGAGUUCAGGAUUGAGUAAAGAAGAGGGCUUGGAGGAGAUUGAUAAGCUUCAGAAGGGGAUUUUGGCAUUGCAGACUGAGAAAGAGUUUGUGAGGAGCUCAUAUGAGCAGUCUUAUGAGAGGUAUUGGGAUUUGGAAAAGGAAGUGACAGAGAUGCAGAAGAGGGUUUGUAACUUACAAGAUGAGUUUGGUCUUGGUGCUGCGAUUGCUGAUAGUGAUGCUAGGACCUUGAUGGCGAGCACCGCCUUGAGCUCUUGUAAGGACACACUUGACACACUUGCUAAGCUAGAGGAGAGACAGAAGCAAUCUGUUGAAGAAGCAGAAAUUGAGAAGGGAAGGAUCAAGACUGCUAAAGAAAGGUUCGAUGCAUUGAGGAACAAAUUUGAGAAAUCAGAAAGCGAUGAUCAUGAUGAGGUUAUUACAACAGACAUAGAAGAAGGUGCUGUGGUUCAAGAAUCGAGCUAUGAAUCUGAGAGAGAAGAAUCAAACGAGAAUUUUACUGUUGUGAAACUUGCAGAGAAGAUUGAUGAUCUUGUGCAUAGGGUUGUUUCAUUGGAGACCAAUGCCUUGUCUCAUACUGCAUUGGUGAAGACAUUACGAUCAGAGACAGAUGAGUUACAUGAACAUAUCCGUGGUCUAGAGGAGGACAAGGCGGCUCUUGUUUCAGAGUCCACGGAAAUGAAACAAAGGAUAACAGUGCUUGAAGAGGAGCUGAGAAAUGUUAGAAAACUAUUCCAAAAAGUGGAAGAUCAAAACAAGAAUCUACAGAACCAGUUCAAGGUAGCCAAUAGGACCGCUGAAGAUUUAUCUGGCAAGUUACAAGAUGUGAAGAUGGAUGAAGAUGUCGAAGGAGCUGGAAUUUUCCAGGAACUGCCAGUUGUAUCAGGAUCAGAAGAUUCUCGCGAUGAUCUGAAGUCAAUCUUAACAGAGACUGGAGAACUGCCAGUUGUUUCAGGAUCAGAAGAUUCUCGCGAUGAUUUGAAGUCAAUCUUAACAGAGACUGGAGUGAGGAGUAGUUUGGAGGGAAGGAAGAAAGAUGCAGUCAGAGAGAGUGAAGAAGACGGUGGUGGAAGAUCUCAAGAAGAGAAAUCAGAGAUGAAAGAUUCUUUUGCUUUAUCAGAAACCGCAAGCACUUGUUUCGGAACAGAAGCAGAAGAUCUGGUGACGGAAGACGAGGAUGACGAGACGCCAAACUGGAGGCAGUUGUUACCAGAUGGCAUGGAGGAUAGAGAGAAGGCUCUGUUAGAUGAGUACACAUCAGUGCUAAGGGAUUAUAGAGAAGUAAAGCGAAAGUUAGGUGACGUUGAGAAGAAGAACCGGGAAGGAUUCUUUGAGCUAGCAUUACAGUUGAGAGAACUCAAGAAUGCUGUUGUGUACAAAGACGUAGAGAUUGAGUCAUUACGCCAAAAACUCAACUCGCCAGGGAAAGAUUCACCACAUCAAGUAGAAGGGAAUAACCAGUUGGAACAUGAUCAAGUACAGCACGAAAGUGUGAGCAUCUCCCCAACUUCUAACUUUUCGGUUUCCACUACGCCGCAUCAUCAAGGAGGAGAUGUGAAGAGAACACCUGGAAGAACAAAGCCUAAUGAGGUUAGAGUGAAAUUUGCAGAUGUUGAUGACAGCCCGAGAACAAGAAUAUCAACUGUUGAAGACAAAGUACGUGCAGAUAUUGACGCAGUGUUGGAAGAGAAUCUCGAGUUCUGGUUAAGAUUCAGCACAUCAGUACAUCAGAUACAGAAGUACCAGACAACAGUUCAAGAUCUGAAAUCAGAGCUAUCGAAACUGAGAAUCGAAAACAAGCAACAGCUGGAAUCUCCAAGAAGUAGUAGUAAUACUGCAGGUGCAUCAGACGCAAAGCCUAUCUAUAGACACCUAAGAGAGAUUCGAACAGAGCUACAGUUAUGGCUAGAGAACAGCGCAGUUCUUAAAGAUGAACUCCAGGGAAGGUAUGUAUCGUUAGCUAAUAUUCAAGAAGAGAUCGCAAGAGUCACUUCUCAAUCGGGUGGCAGUAAAGUCAGUGAUUCAGAGAUUAGUGGUUAUCAAGCUGCAAAGUUCCAUGGAGAGAUACUCAACAUGAAACAGGAGAACAAAAGGGUCUCGACUGAACUUCAAUCGGGUCUUGAUCGUGUAAGAGCGUUGAAAACUGAAGUGGAGAGAAUUUUGAGUAAACUGGAAGAGAAUCUUGGGAUAUCAAGUGCAACAGAAGAUAGAACAACUCCGAGCAAGAGCUCGUCGAGUGGAAGACCAAGGAUUCCAUUACGGUCAUUCUUGUUUGGUGUCAAGUUAAAGAAGAAUAGACAACAGAAGCAAUCUUCAUCAUCCCUCUUCUCUUGUGUCAGUCCAUCUCCAGGUCUGCAUAAGCAGUCUAGUUACAGUAGGCCACCUGGAAAGCUCCCAGAAUAA